ACGUGUACACUUUCUAAGGUAAGCCUUUUUGUAGGAGUUUCCCAGCGCUGGAAAGUUUCUUGAACCCAAUGCGAAAUGAUGUUGUCUAGAGAGGAAGCCUUUUCUUUCGCCGGUAUUUUAUUGGCCAUUUUCGUGUGUGGUCUCGUGGGUAACUUUCUUGUCUGUUUGGCGAUUUAUUUUGACAAAGACCUUCGCCAGCAACACUCAAACUAUUUUCUUUUUAACCUCGCCGUGACUGAUCUUCUUACAGUGAUCUUCGUGAUCCCAUUUUGUGCUGCGGCGUUGAUUCAGGGGAAUUGGAAUUAUGGCAACGCGUGGUGUCAAGCAACAGCUUUUGUUUACUACAGCUUGGCCAUCGUUGGCCUUGAAAGUUUAGCGUUCAUAAGUUGGGAUCGUUUUUACGCCAUUAUCUAUCCACUUAAGUACAGGGCAAAAGUAACACCCAGGAGAAUCUACGUGGCUAUUGCUUUCAGUUGGAUAUGGGCGUUUAUUUUUACAAUCCCCUGCGCAGCCAUGGGUUGGUUUAGGUAUGGAGAGUACGAAUCGAUGUGUACUUAUAACUUCACCGGUACAGGCAAUAAGUGGAAAAUACGAGUCGUAAUUUACAGCGUUCUAACAAUUACACUCUGUAUCAUGAUUCCAUCGGCUGUGAUACUCUUCUGCUAUUUUCGAAUAAUCUCCGUAGUGCGACAUCAAGGAAGACGAGUGGACACCAUAACUUCGAGAGAGAUGACGAAUUCUAAUAACUCGCGGCGCCAAGCAUGGAGAAGCUGUUACAGAUUUAAAGGUUUUCGAACAAUAACUGCGGUCAUAAUUUUGUUUAUUAUUUCGUGGACUCCCUUCAGUGCAACUCGCUUUAUUAAAACGGUAACGUGGGACCAUGAAUAUAUUCCCGCUGUCGCGGAUACAUUUGCAACUGUGCUGUCUUUGUUUAGCACAGCCGCCAAUCCUUUGGCCUACAGCCUCUUCAGAAGGGACUUCAGAAGAGCUUUUAAAAGGCUUCUUAGACGAAUAUGCUGUUGUGCUAAAAGGAGAGUGGACGAAAAUGAAGAGUAGAUGAAGGGCAAAAGGGGUCGUGGUGAAAUAUUUUGAUAUUGGAUAUGGAAACACUUGAGAAGAGAAAUUUAAAGGGUUUCGGCGUAGACAAACCGUGAUUCAAGAUGUCACGCUGUUUGAAACGCAGAAUCUUUUUUUAAAAGGGAGUCUUCAAAACUGAACAAGAAUAUGUUACGGUGGAGAAAGGUGAACCAGCUCGAUUCUCAACAAAUCACCUCAGUUGACUUCAAGUACACAAAACCGUUUUUAAAUGUAAAUGGAGGACUCAAUAUAGACACCUUUAAUCAUGACUAAAGCUGUGAACAGACAUUGCGUAUGCAGUUUAAGACGAGGAAAAAAAUGAAUAUAACGAGUAUGAGAGGAGGAAUUCAGGAAAGCCACCACGAUAAUUUCAUCUGGUCAGGGGAUCUUCAAGACUAAUGAACAAGAAUAUGUUCUACGUCGGAGAGGAGUGAGGAUCGAAACUUGUUCGAAUUCUAGUUUUUUUCCCAAUAUUUCAAACGCCAAGAACCAAGCUGACUCUCAAUCAAUCACUUCAGUUGACUACAGGCACACAAAACCGUUUUUAAAUAUAAAUGAAGGACUAUAUACACCUUUAAUUAUGAGUGUAGUUGUGAAUUAAACUUUAAUUUUCAUUGUUAGUUUGAAAAGAAGGGGAAAGACCAUAUGCUUUUCAAGUAAACACAUUGCUUUAGCGAGCUGAAAGUGUUAAUAGCUCUCUUUGAGAACAACACCAGUUGGCCAUUUUUAUCCUCUUGACUUUCGGGGUGGUAAAAUUAGAAUUCAGUACGACAUUGUUUCCGAUUCUGUUUCUUUGGCAAUUGUUUCCUUUAUUUGAUACUGUCUUGAAAUUGCCUGAUACUGUCAUUGAAACUCAGAUUCUGCCAUUAAGGCGAAGAAAAGCUUG